AUGACGCCAUCAAUGCCAAAUGUAUUGAAGGUUGAAAAGAAUCAAAUUAAAGAACACAACUAUCGAGAUGCUAAUGUUCGCAACAACUUGAUAGAUACAACAUUAGAAAAAUCAUCUCGAUUAGGAAUCACUAAACAUACUUUGGCUAUUACAGAUUCAAAAUUCAUUCAUCAUAAUAAAACAUUAGAAACUACGAUUGAAUGUGUUGGUUCAUUAUAUAAUCAAUCCUGUUUGUAUCGUAAUUUAUAUUAUUUUGAUCAUUGGUUUAUGAUUUUAACAGUAAAAGGAAAACAGUUACCUACAUAUUCUGUACGAACCGAUGCCUUUGUACCAUCGCAUAUAACACCAAACAAACGUGUUUUUGAUACUUAUUCUGAUCUUGAAAAAUUCGUGCGUACUGUCAUCGAUCCAAGAGUAAUUCCAUCUGUCACUGUUCAUUUUGGUCAACCUUGGCAUGAUAAUAUUGGUCAUGCACUAUUCGAUGGUCUUUAUCCAGCAUAUGUUGCACUUAUUCGUUUUCCUCCAAGACAUCUUCAUCCUUUUCGUAUUCUUGCUGGAGUAAGUGACUGUACCACAUGUUGGAGUGAAGAUAUUUAUAGUCGUUUUGGUGGUCUUGGACUUCUUAGACUAAGUGUUCUAAAUAAAAUGUCAAAAAAUAAUUGGUUUAUGUUUGAAGAACUUAUUAUGGGUAGUGGAACAUUUUGUCAACGUUGUACACAACCAAGUUUUCAAUUACCUGCAGGUGUUGAAUUAGAUGCUUCAAGACUUUUCCGUGAUAGAAUGUAUCAACAACAUGGUGUUCUUUAUCCAGUUGUUCGACAAAAAUCUUCAUCUGAAGGACGAAAUUCUAGUGAUGUUCUUCAAGCAUAUAUUAUUGAUAAUAAACGUUAUACAAGUGAAGAUCGAAAAGAAAUUGAUGAUGCUGUAAGUGAAAUAAAUAAUUAUACCAAUUCAUAUUUGAAUAAAACUACAAAUAGUACAGCUAAAUUACAAUGGCCAUUAGUGCGUGUCACUUAUCUUUUCUACAACCAAAUUAAAGCUCGAAAUUUUAGUAAUCUUCAAGUAAAUGCGACACCAUAUGAAUCUCGUUCUCCAACAUAUGAAUUAUUUGAAAAUGAUUUUAUAGCUCAACUAAAACUUCUACGUCAAAUGGAUAUUCAUAUAACUGGACCAGGUACUGGACAAAUGUAUCAAACAUUUUUAUCAGAUGGAUCUGUAAUGAUUAAUAUUGGAGGUAUAAGACCAUGGGCAGCAGAAAAAACAGAAAGAGCAUAUAGUUCAUAUCUUGAACAACAAAUGACAAGUGGUACACCAUAUAUUAAAGGUCUUUUUUAUCCAAUCAAUGAACGACAAAAGGGAAUACAAAAAAAUGAAGUUGUGAAAUUAAUUCGACAAGCAUCACAACUAAUUCUCGAAGGUUUUUCAUUACCAGUGAAUCCUCGAGAUAAUCUAGCACCUGAUGGACAAUUAUUUGUUGAAAUGUGUGAAAAAGAUAAAGAAUUUUGUUCUAUGGUUACAAACAGAAUAUCAAGUAAAUAUUAUCCUUGUUUAGAUAUAUGGGUAGAAGAUUUUGUACAUGAACAUCAUCAAUGGCAACCAGGAGGUCUUAACGAUAAUGGUCGAAAAAUUGAUUGUCCUUUUAAUCAUACAUUGUUACAUGAAUUAAGAAAAAAAUAUGGAAUUCUACACAAAUAA